AUGCCAGCCCAGAUGUUCCAGAAAGAGAAAAAACCCUCUUCACCUGAUGGCGGGCAUGGGCCUCCUGGAAGCAUACAAAAUCGUUCUUCGGUCGAGAAUGACGAUCGAUAUACCUUUCCACAGGCUGAGAAUAAUCUCGAUGAAGUCGCAGCGCCAUCUCCAGUAUCGGAUCCGUCAGAGAGACACACGCGAAGGCAUGAAUAUCUUGAAAAUGUGAGAUCUCGUACCUCGGGAAAUGCACCGCCAUCAGAAUUCCACGGACAGCAAAGUCGAGAGCGAGGUCCGUCACUUCGCGUGGAGAUGUCUGGAGGACUUGAACGAGAGGAAUCGAUAAAGGCGACUCGUAUAUCGGAAUUCCUGACAAAGCUGUACACCAUGUCCUACCUGAUUGUCUUUGCGAUGAUUGGGACGCUUACCAGAGUUGUUAUCGAGACUUUGACGUUCUAUCCAGGAGCGCCCGUGGGAACAAGCGCUCUCUGGGCGAACGUCGCUGGAAGUUUUGUUAUGGGAUUCCUCAGCGAGGACCGUGAACUCUUCCGGGGCGACAGCGCCCAAGUCAGCAUGACCGACUCGGAGACGGAGAAUGAUGCAUUAUGGAAAGCUCAUGAAGCGGCACACAAGAAGACCAUUCCUCUGUAUAUCGGUCUGACGACGGGCUUCUGUGGGUGCUUGACGUCAUUCUCUACUUUCAUACGAGAUGCGUUCCUGGCGAUAUCGAAUGAUCUUCCGUCGCCUCUGGCACCAUAUUCAGAGCUCUCGUUGUUCCAGUCAACGACCACUAAGGCUCCGAAUGGAGGAUUCAGCUUUAUGGCAGUCAUUGCCGUGUUAAUCACCGAAAUUGGUCUUUCUAUGGCUGCACUUUUUUUCGGAGCGCAUAUGGCUAUUUUUGCCUCCUCGUGGUUACCGCGAAUACAUCCUAGAUUUCUGCAACAAUUUCUUGAUCCGCUGACGGCGAUUAUUGCUCCUUUAUCGUGGAUAGCAACUAUUUGUCUUGUUAUAUUGUUGCCUCAAUUCUCAACAGCAAAGACUUUAUGGAGUCCUGAGAUCUGGCGGGGUCCGUUUCUUUUCUCCCUUGUCUUUGGCCCUGUCGGAUGUCUUGUUCGAUUUUACGUCUCACUGAAACUUAAUCGACGAAUACCGACAUUUCCACUUGGAACCUUUACUGUCAAUGUUGUCGGGACGAUGAUCCUGGGAAUGGCCUUCGCACUGCAACAUGCAACAAUUGGCUCUUCCGUCUUCGGUGGAGGAAGCUUUACUGGUUGUCAAGUGUUACAGGGAAUUAUGGACGGGUUCUGUGGAUGCCUGACGACAGUGAGCACCUUGGUUUUGGAGCUAUCUGAUUUAAAACGACAACAUGCCUAUGUGUAUGGCAUCGUCAGCGUCGCCGCUGCAUUGGCAAUGUUGGUCGUGGAGAUUGGACCUUUGAGAUGGACCAGAGGCUUUACAACCCCAGCUUGCUUUGUGUGA